UCCCAUCACAAACCCAAUUUCCCAAACUCGAUUCACCCCGCUAAAUCAAAACCCAUGCCGACGACGACAACGCAGCUGAUUCCGGGCCUCCCCGACGACCUCAGCCGCGACUGCCUCCUCCGCCUCAAAUUCCCCCAAUUCCCCUCCGCCGCCUCCGUCUGCAAGUCCUGGAACUCCGAAUUCCACCUCCCGGACUUCCCCCGCCUCCGAAAGCUCUCCUCCACCUCCCAGAACCUCUUCGUCUUCAUCCAGGCUCGGGUCGACCCGACCCAGCACCACCAAACCUCCGGCAUCGCCAAGUACCGACCCGGCCCGAACUUCCGGCUCACCGUCUUCGAACCCGCCACCGGGCUAUGGUCAGAGCUCCCCCCUCCUCCGUCGUCUUUACCCAUGUUCUGCCAGGUCGCCAGCGUCGGGUCGGAUCUCGUCCUCCUGGGCGGGUUGGACCCGGAAACCUGGGAGCCUUCUACCUUGGUUUUCGCGUUCAGCUUUCUCACCGGCACGUGGCGGCGCGGGACCCGCAUCCCCGGCCCGACCCGGUCGUUCUUCGGGUGCGCGGCCGACCCGGAUCGGAGGACGGUAUACGUUGUCGGAGGACACGACGGGGAGAAAAAUGCGCUCAGGUCCUGCCUGGCUUAUGACGUCAGCAGGGACGAGUGGGCCCCGCUGCCCGACAUGGCGUGGGAGCGGGACGAGUGCAAGGCGGUCUUCCACCGUGGCAUGCUCCACGUCAUCGGCGGGUACCGUACGGAGAUGCAGGGGAGGUUCGAGCGAGGAGCAGAGGUGUUCGACACCGGCGCCGCGUGGCGGUGGGGCCCGGUGCAGGAUGGCUUCCUGGAGACGGCGGCAUGUCCCAGGAGUUGCGCCAUAGACGACGGAGACGGGGUUUUGUACCUGUGCCGGCGGGGUGAGGUGGUGGCGAGAAGGAGCGACACGUGGCGGCUCGUUGCUGUCCUGCCGGAUGACGUGGGCAGUCCCGAGUACGUGGCGGCCUGGGGUGAGGGGAGGAAGAUGUUGGUGGUGGGGUCGGCGAGAUACGGGGAGCCGCGUCAGGUGUACACGCUGGACUUGAAGGCGCUGGCGUGGGAGAAGUUGGAGACGCCGCCGGCGGAGUAUUCCGGUCAUGUUCAGGGUGGCUGUUCAGUGGAAAUUUGACUUCCGCUUUUUUAUCGCUUUUAUUUUGUCUUUUUUUGUUUUAUAUAAAGUGGAGCACACAGAGUCAGAGAGGUUACUUGUUCAUACUGCAUAAGUAUAAUAUAAUCCAAUACUAGCGAGAUGAAUUAUGAUAUUUAGGGAUAUUGUAGGAUAUAGAGAUUUGAGGAUGGAAUCGUGAAACAGCGGCGAUCCUUUUCUUGUUGGCAUAUGAAAUGUGGAGAUUGUUGCUUUCUGGCCCUCGUGUUCUGAGUGAGUCGAUAACUAAACCAAUUUCUCAAUCAAAUUCUACGUGUUUUAACGAUAAAUCAAUUUUUCAAUC